UGCUGAAGAUUUGUUAUCGUAAACUUAUAUAGAGUUUUGAGCAUUCUGGUACCGUCCCGGUCUUUAUUGAUUUUCAUUCGUUCACAGUUCAACUUGGCAGCUGAAUUCUGAAUCUACUGUGGACACUGUGGUCUUGUCCGUCCUGUGACAUUGACGUAUUUGCUGACAAAAUUCUUCGUGUAGCUAAUUUUGCAUAAAGUGAUAAAAAAAUUGUUAAAUAAUAAAAUCUAGUUCUUUUAAAUAAUGUAACAAGCGCCAUUUAUAUUAAUUUAUCAAAAUGUCUGUGAUGGACCGAGUAAACGCCUUCGGCGUUUCAAUUAUCAGUGUAUUACAAGCUAGAGGGUUCAACGAGAACAUCAUCUACGCUAUCAACGAAGCAUCGAACCCCCAGCACCUGCUGAUGUUCUAUUUCCCUUUCGUGGCCGUCAUAGACUCCGUAUUCGCGGCACAGCUCCUGCUAUGUAUGGCUUUCAGCGGAUGGCUGACCUCCAUGAUCAAAUGGUUAUCACUAUCAGACCGUCCCUAUUGGUGGGUACAAGAGACCUCGUACUACCUGCACGACCAGCGCCCAAUAUUGAAGCAAACCAGUCAAACUUGUGAGAUUGGGUCGGGGAAUCCCUCUGAACAUAUGACUUCAGCCGUCAUCAUCUCAAUCCUGUUUUGUAUGUGGAUGACUAGCUAUUUAGACGAAUGUCAGUGUAAGAUAAAUUGGUCAUCUUGGAUCAUGUUUCCUUUUUGUUUCUACAACGCUUUGAUUGUGAUGAUUGCACAACUGUACACGGCCGUGCACUUUCCUCACCAGUGUCUAAUCGGUGCAAUGAUCGGGGCAAUUUUAGUCCCGGUGUUAUGCGUCUACAUCAUCGAUCCAUAUAUCUGGCAAUAUGGAGCCGUGUCCAAUAAGGAUACCGUCGUUGUCCGGGUUUGGUACGUCCUGUCAACUAUAGGCAUGACUUUGAUUGCCGUUUUCACGUACUAUUGCUACAAGUCGAUCGGGUGGCAACCGUCUUGGUCCAUAAAGCUGGCCUACCGUUACUGUGACAACCCCGCUAAUAUCACGCGGACCUCCAUCCCGCUGUUCUCCAUCAUGACAUCAACAGCCUACAUGCUGGGGUGGGCGCUGUUCGUGUCUCCUGCAGUCAUCAGAUACCGUUAUUUCACUAAACCUCGCUCGAUACCUCUGGGUCUGCUCAUCGCGUUACUCUUUCUCAAAAUAUUCCAACUGAUCGAACAUUUCUCUUGCAAUCUAGACAUAAAGACAUACUAUCUAGUCCAAUUCUUAGUCACAGUCUGCAAGCCUGGCCUCUUCCUGCGUGUACUGCCAAGUAUCUUGAAGUUGCCAUAUUUCUGCAUCACCUGCUGCGAGCAACUGGCUCUGAAGAUGGAACAAUGAAAUACGGCCACCCGGUGUCCGGGGGAGGGAUGUUAUUGGUCACGUGACCAGGACGACGUCCGCCGUGUCACCUUCGAGGUAGGGGCAGACCGUGUGUCAUUUUGCCGAAACGAUGAACCUAUUGUGACAAUAAUCCCCCAGUGCCCAGAGUGUCUAAUGGAGCCCGUGUAAAUUGUACAAACAUUUUGUGUCAAUUUUUUGAGCUUAACUACUCUAGUGGUUCGAUCUGGGAUUUUUUGGUGCUUCCGAAAGGCAUGUCGUUCUGUUUGUCUGUUUUUUGGAAAAUCCCAGGUCUCAAAUUGUAUAGUAUAAGUAUUUAAAAGCCGUUUAGGGCUUAUGACUGUCUAUCUACUCUAAGUUUUAAAAGUCUGAUUGUUCUAUGUGUGUAACAUAUUUUCUAGGAAAUUGCGCAAGUUUUUGAGACUGAGUAGUGUGGGAAAGAGAUGUAUAGUGCCGGAAAGAGAGGGUAGAUUUUAUUGGCGUCUGUUAAACUUUCAUAUGAUGAAUAUAUUCGACUAAAUUCUAAAAUAUAUUAAUAUAUUGAUGUUAUGUGUUUAGAGUGAUAUAUUGGAUCUUAAAAAAAAAACAUAAAACGUAAAAAAAAAGUAUCAAAAAAUAAAAAAUGCAAAAAAAGUAAAAAAACAUAAAAUCUAAAAAAAUAUAUAUGUGUCCCCUAUAUGACCAUGAGGUCAAAAGAUUAUUGAUUAUAGUAAUAUUAAAACUGUAAGUUGCCCAAGUGCAUGAACUUUUUCGGCAGUGUUGCCAGAGUUAUAUCCCGUUUUAGGGCCGUGUUGCCACUUUUACUGAAUUUUGGGGCCGUGUUGCCAUAUUUACUCGUAAAAUGACUAUGCAUGUUCCUAUAUCUAAUAAAUCGGCUUUUACAUCCAGACUGCCUAUAUUAGCCCACUUUUGGGCAAAGACAUGACCAAACUUUGAUGAUGACUAUCUACUUUUUGAUCAUAAACGUCUGAUCAAUGAACUGUUAGGCAAAAGGCCUCUCCCAACUUUAUACAUUUCGAUUAUAAAUCGGCUUAUAUCAACCCACUGCUGGGCAUACGCCUCUCAAUUUCGACGACAAUAAUUAUCUUUUGCUACAUUUCAACACCUAGUACAAUGUUGAAAAAACACACCUUAAAAGCAAGAAAAUCCUGGUGUGGGGUAAAAAAAAUCGAAAGAUUUCAUAAGUACUGAUAUCAGGCUUAAUGGAAAAUUAAUUUUUUUGUCAAAUGGGGUAAGAGAAAACUGGGGUAAGUUGAAAGACUCAAAAACAUCUAAUACCAUCAAUUUGUUUGUUAAUAAAUCUAAAUUGUUUAUUUAAUAAUUUAUUUAAACAAUAGAGUUUUAUUAACAAAUUAUAUAAUGUAUCGAUAAAACCCAUCUCUAUUUACCCCAUUUGAACUCAUUAUAGACAAACUUGCCGCGUUAUACGCGAUGUUGCGACUUUUUAUCGAGAAAAUCGAUUUGACUGUACCUAUGUACUUUUGGUGCAAAUUAUAUGAAUAUAGUCUGAAAAUAUAUAGAAUAGUGCUGUAAGAUUUUAAUGUGCUUUUAUCGAUGUUUAGCUAGUUUAAAUAUACUUGAAUAUUGUUGUUAUAUAUGUACCGUGCAUAUCGAAAUAAUAAUUACCACUGCCACAUAUAUUUCUACCUCGAAUCAACUCCUUUUUUCCUUUUCCGCCUUAUUCCUCCAUAUUCCGCCUCACUCCGCCAUAUCGACGCCUUUCUCCUCCUCAUUCCCUACUAGACCCAUUUUCCCAUCCCAAUGCUGUUUUUGAACUGAAUUGGGAUAGAGAGGAGAAUGGGACUUGAUUUUUUUUUCUAUCUAUCCUAGUAUUUUACUUCUAUUUUUAUCCC